CCAGCGCGAAGGCGGGGCCGGGUUACAGCCGCCUCCUCGGCGCCACAGAGAAGACCCCCCGGGAGUUCGGCGGCCCAGGCGCUCCGGCUCCGCGUCCCGAGCCUCCCCCGGCUCUCCGCGCUCCUCCCUCUCGGCGCGCCCGGCGCGAAGCCUGCGAUUCGCGAGCCGAGCGCAGAGCGCAGAGCCGAGUGGCGCACGCUGGGCAGUGGCCUGGGCAACCCCAAGCGCAGCCAGAGCCCUCACCCGAGCCCGCUGGCCCGCGCACUCCCGGACCAUGACUGCCGAGGGACCCAGCCCGCCUGCCCGUUGGCGCAGCAGCCUCCCCGGGCUCUGGGCGGCGGCGCUGCUCCUGCUCGGUCUGCCGCGCCUUUCGGUGCGGGCGGAUGGAAAGCUCUUUGUGCUGGAGUCUCAGAAUGGCUCUCAGGGCCUAGAACUGGAGGCUGCUCGACUUUCCUGCAAGAGCAGGGGCGCUCACCUGGUGUCUGCAGACGAGCUGCGGAGAGUGGUACAGGAUUGCUCCUUUGCGGUGUGUGCCACUGGCUGGUUAGCAGAUGGCACUCUUGGAACAACCGUGUGUAGCAAAGGAAGUGGAGAACAGCAAAUCAUGAGAGCUGUUGAUGUGAGAACUGAGAGCAACCCAGUUCCUGGUGGCACAUACAGUGCCCUUUGUAUUAAGGAUGAAGAGAAGCCGUGUGGAGACCCGCCUUCGUUCCCACACACCAUCCUGCAGGGCCGCACCGGCUUGGAGAUGGGGGAUGAACUGCUGUACGUGUGCGCCCCAGGCCACAUCACGGGCCACCGGGAGACCGCCUUCACCUUGCUAUGUAACAGCUGUGGGGAGUGGUAUGGCCUGGUGCAGGCCUGCGGGAAAGAUGGGGCUGAGGCACACAUUGACUAUGAAGAUAACUUCCCUGAUGACAGAUCUGUGUCAUUCAGAGAGCUCAUGGAGGAUUCCCGGACAGAGGCAGAAGAGGACAGGAGUCAGGGAGACUUGUCUGAGGAGGCUCCAAAACAGGACCAUCUGGUCUCCAUUUCUGUGGGGAGAGAAAACAUAGCCCAGGAUAAAGGCUUUGUGCCAACCACAGCCUUGCCUGGCGCUGGGAGCAGUGUCCCUGCAGACUCGCCAGGAUCGCGGCUCCUCCAGAAGCACUUGUUCUGGUUUCCUGCUGAGGCUUUCCACAAGCCUGGGUUGGAAAAGGAGGUGGAUGAUGACACCAAAAAGCACUUUUCUGCUGGAGACAACCACAGUGGUGUAAAAUUGGUCCCAGGUGAACCUGAAACUAAGGUGAUCUAUGACAACACUGAUGGUCCCUUGGGGCCAUUUAUGGGCAAGAAUGAUAGCAAGGCAGGGGAUCCUGUGGUGAGCAGCAGUGAUGAGUCCUGGUUAGAUGGCUACCCUGUGACAGAUGGGGCUUGGAGGAAGACAGAGGCAGAAGAGGAAGAAGAUGGGGACAAAGGGGAUGGGUCAGUAGGACUAGAUGAAAACAUCCUACUUACUCCUGAUCAGCCCAUUCUUGUGGAAGUUAAGAAGCCCUGGAGUAGCACCCUCACACCAAGCGAGGGCAUGACCCAUAGUUCAGUUCUUCCAUCUCAAAUGCUAGAUGUGGAAGCUUUGGCGCUCAGACCCAUGAGUGUGUCCGAGCCUGAGGGCAAUGGGGAUGGUGACUUGACCAAGUACCAGUCAACUCUACCCUGGAGAUUCACCACAGAGGAGUCUCCGAUGGCCACCCUGCCCUAUGAGCUCACCAGCUCCACCCUGGAGAUAUUAACAGCGACCACUGUCAAGCAGACACCUAACCACAUCCCCUCAACGAUCAUGACAACCACCCAGCCUCCAGGAGAAACCACUGCUCCUGAGAUCCAGGACAGCUUCCCAUACCUGCUGUCUGAAGACUUCUUUGGACAGGAAGGCCCUGGGCCGGGUACAAGCGAGGAGCUUCAUCCCACCUUGGAGUCAUGUGUGGGAGGCAGAUGUCCUGGCCUCAGCAGAGGCCCUGUGAUCGCCACCAUUGUCACCGUCCUGUGCCUACUGCUGCUCCUGGCAGGUGUGGGGAUGGUGUGGGGCUACCGCAAGUACCAGCACAAGAGCUCCGUGUACAAGCUGAAUGUUGGCCAGCGGCAGGCUCGGCACUACCACCAGCAGAUCGAGAUGGAGAAGGUCUAGGCACCUUCGGAGUGGGUUCUCCCAAAGCCACUUGGGAGGAAAAUAACUGUGACACAUCACACUGAUAAUUUACUAGAGCAUGAUGCAGGUGGACUGGGGCUCAUCAUGUUUUCCUCAGCUCUUUGUUUUAUAGGCUGAGAAGUGUCUCUGGAGCACCUGGGAGGGCAGGGAGGCUUUGGUGGCAUCAUCACUCACAUCAGUGUCUUCACCAUCUGCCGUGGAAUUGACUACACUAAUCCCAGACCUGUGCUUGGGCCCAGUUUCCAGUGUGAGGUUGAAAAUCGCCUCUUCCUUCAUCACAGUAUUGUUAUUAUUAUUAUUAUUAUUAUUAUUGUUAUUAUUAUUAUUAUUAUUUUUUGAGAUGGAGUCUCAUGCUG